GUCUCACUCCAUUCUCAUCAUGCCUUUCUCUCACGAAGAUUCUUCCUCUUUCUUCACUCUCCACUUACAGCAUUGUACUACUGUACCUUUUCCUCCCCACGGUGCCUAGCUUCCUCUUUGUUUUUUUCUCACUGAGGUUCCGAGGUUUUCUGGGCUUGUUCUUCACGCGUGUAUGCUUCGUCAUUUAAUUUCACUGGGUUUCAACCACGAGGAGCUACUUGGGAAGGCAUGCAGGCAAUCUGUUUGAUAUUCUUCUUGUAUGGAGUGAUUGCGUUAGGGAAUUCAGAUAUUGAUGCACUACUUGAACUCAAGAAGAGCAUUCAGAAUGACCCUUCUGGACUGCUUAAUUCUUGGGAUACCAGAUCUUUGGCUUCUGAUGGAUGUCCUCAGAAUUGGUAUGGGAUAUCGUGUGCUGGAGGCAAUGUUACAUCGAUAACUCUGAAUAAUGCUGGUUUGGUUGGACAGUUUAAUUUCCUUGCCAUUAGUGGCCUUAAAAAGCUUCAAAACCUGUCACUGUCAAACAACCAGUUCACGGGAAGUGUCUCACAUUUUGGUCCAAUGGAAUCACUAGAAUUUCUUGAUCUUUCAGUCAACAAGUUUCAUGGGGUGGUACCCUCUGACUUGCUUGAAUUACAUAAUAUAGUGUAUUUAAAUCUUUCUUCAAAUCAAUUGGAUGGUACAGUUCCUGUUGGCUUUGACAAACUCAACCGCAUGAAGUAUUUAGAUUUGUGCUCUAAUAACUUUUCUGGGGAUAUUAUGCAUAUCUUUUCUCAUAUGGGUGGCGUGGUUCAUGUUGACCUAAGCACCAACAGGUUUUCUGGUUCACUAGAUUUGGGACUUGGAAACAGCACUUUUCUCUCCUCAAUUCAGUAUUUAAAUGUCAGCCACAAUUCCUUGACUGGUGAUCUGUUUGCUCAUGAUGGGAUGCCAUACCUUGACAGUUUAGAGGUCUUUGAUGCUAGUAAUAAUCAGUUAGUGGGCAAUAUACCUUCCUUCACAUUUGUGGUAUCUCUAAGGAUUCUUCGGCUUGGACGCAACCAGUUAUCUGGUUCUCUUCCGGAAGGUCUAUUGAAGGAGAGUUCAAUGAUGUUGUCUGAGCUGGAUCUUAGUCAAAACAAGCUUGAAGGUCCUGUUGGAAGCAUUACUUCUGUAACUUUGAAGAAGCUUAAUUUAUCUUCAAACAAUCUGUCAGGCCCCUUACCUUUCAAGGUGGGCCACUGUGCCAUAAUAGAUUUAAGUAACAACAUGCUAUCAGGGAACUUGUCAAGAAUUCAGUAUUGGGGCAAUUAUGUGGAGGUGAUUCAGCUUAGUUCAAAUUCAUUGACAGGAACGCUUCCUAACCAAACUACACAAUUUUUGAGGGUGACUGAACUUAAGAUAUCUAAGAACUCAUUAGAGGGCAGUCUCCCUUCAGUCUUAGGAACAUACCCAGAACUAAAAGAGAUUGAUCUUAGUCACAACCUACUCUCUGGGGUACUCCUUCCAAGCUUUUUCACCUCAACCAAAUUGACUGUGCUUAACCUCUCACACAACAACAUUUCUGGAUCAGUAUAUUUUCAAGAAAUUCCAAAUAACCUGCUAGUUUUUGCUGAAAAUUCUAGUCUUGUGUCUGUUGAUCUCUCAUACAACAACUUGAGUGGGCAUCUACCUACAGAAAUAGGUAAGCUUCACAAGUUGGCAAGUCUCAAUCUAUGUAACAACAAAUUUGAAGGUAUCAUUCCUGAUGAUCUUCCUGAUCAACUGAGAGAAUUCAACGUGUCCUUCAACAAUUUUUCUGGCAUUGUGCCUGAUAAAUUAAUGAAGUUUCCCGAAUCAGCAUUUCACCCAGGAAAUUCUUUUCUGAUCUUUCCUCAUUCGCUUGCUUCACCAGAAGAUGGUGGUGAACUAGGUUUGAAGGAAAAGAGGCCACAUAUAAAACCUGCAACCAAGAUUGCCUUGAUUGCCAGUUUGGUUUCUGGUGCUUUUGUCAUGGCCCUUUUGAGUGUAGUCAGUUUUUAUAGGGUUCGCAGGCAAAAAGAAACAACUACACAUGAAAAUAGACCGAAAGAUAUUGCUCAUCAGAGUUCUUCUCCAUCUGGUAGUGAAGUACCUAACAGAAACGUAGAAGCAAUUUCUUCAACCCAGAAGGAGGCUGAUGAUGUCAGAAAUGUUCAUACUGCUGUAGAGAAACCAGAAGAUCUUGACUUUUUUGAAUUAGUUAAGCAUGAGGAGGGGAUAUCAUCUCCAAUGUCUUUUCUGUCAUUUUCAAAUCCUUCAUCUUCUAGAAGCCACCCGUUUGAGAAUCCUGGUGCUCUUAAAAUAUGCUCACCGGAUAAAUUGUUUGGGGAUUUGAAUCUGUUUGAUGGGGCUUUGGAGCUCACUGCAGAAGAAUUUUCUAGCGCUACAGCAGAAAUUAUUGGUAGGAGCUGUCAUGGGACAUUGUACAAAGCUACACUUAAAUCGGGUCAUGUAUUGGCUGUCAAGUCAUUAAAGGAAGGAAUAGCCAAGAACAAGAAGGAUUUUGCAAGGGAAGUUAAAAAACUUGGGACCAUCAAGCAUCCAAGUCUGGUUUCUCUUCAGGGUUACUACUUGGGUCCAAAGGAGACUGAUAAAUUCAUUAUAUCCAAAUAUGUCAAUGCACAAUCUCUGGACUUUCAUCUUCAUGAUGUAAGGAAUGUUCAUCCAAUGUCUCUUGACGAAAGGUUCAGGGUGGCGAUAGCUGUGGCUCAAUGUCUGCAUUACUUACACACUGAGAAAGCCAUACCUCAUGGCAAUCUCAAAUCCACAAACAUCCUCCUUGAAAUAGCUAACCAUAAUGUGCUGCUCACUGACUACACCCUGCAUCGGAUACUAACUACCGCUGGUACUGCUGAGCAAGUUCAUAAUGCAUGUCUUCUUGGUUACCGCCCUCCCGAGUUUGCAAGCUCAAGCAAACCAUGUCCUUCCUUGAAGAGUGAUGUAUAUGCGUUUGGCGUGAUCUUGUUAGAGCUUCUAACAGGAAGAAAUUCUGGAGACAUUGUUACAGGGAUUCCCGGGGUCGUUGUCCUUGCAGACUGGGUGCAGUUUUUGGCAGAGCAAAAUCGUGGCGGUGAGUGCUUUGACAGGCUGCUCUUGGACAGGCAUGGUGGUGGGGAACGCCGGCCUCGAGUUCUUGAUGAAAUGCUCAAGGUAGCUCUUAGAUGCAUCCUUCCAGCAUCUGAGAGGCCUGACAUGCAAACUGUUUUUGAGGAUCUUUCGGCAUUAAGGUAGAGUUUCUGAUCAUAUAUAGCCUUUUGAUCACUAACAGGAUUAUCCCUUAUGGUCUGGUUGGUUUGUGUUUUAUUUUGUUCAUUGAUUUCCACUUUUUAGUCCUUCCUCUCCCUAGGCAUUGUAUCAGGUUAGCCUAGGAAAAUAAAGUUCCUUGGAGGUAAAUUCAUUCUUCUCAACACUUUGAAGGGGCAGAUUGUAUAUUGUUUUGAAUUUAAUGCUAGUCGAAGUUUAUGAAAAUUCUUAUAUCUGGAACUAUUUAGAUAUGAUUUCAUCUA